AUGGCUACUCUCGGUGCGCCAACAAAGAAGCACAAGGUGACUGUGGUGGGAUCUGGAAACUGGGGCUCGACAAUUGCCAAAAUCGUCGCCGAAAACACAAAGGCCCAUCCCCACCUUUUCGAGGAGAAUGUGCAGAUGUGGGUUUUCGAGGAAGAGGUUACCAUAGCAAAGGACUCUAAACACUAUGAUGCCUCGGUGGGCGACGGACCGCAGAAGCUGUCAACAGUAAUCAACAAGUGCCACGAGAACGUCAAAUACCUUCCCAACAUUGCCCUUCCGAAGAACGUUAUUGCGAAUCCAUCCGUUGUCGACGCCGUCAAAGACUCUACCAUUCUCGUUUUCAAUCUCCCUCAUCAGUUCAUCGGUCGCAUAUCGAAACAAUUAGAAGGCAACAUCCUCCCCUUCGCCCGAGGAAUCUCCUGCAUAAAGGGUGUGAACGUAACGGAGACGGAGAUUAGUUUGUUCAGCGAAUGGAUUGGUGAAGGCCUCGGUAUCUACUGUGGUGCUUUAUCAGGAGCAAAUAUUGCCAGCGAAAUCGCAGCUGAGAAGUGGUCGGAGACUACUAUCGCAUACGACCCCCCGGUGAUUGAUUCACGGGCCGGGACGCCAGCGGGACCUUCUCCUACCAGCUCGCAAAUCAACCUCACAGUCACAGAUACGGAUGCCAAACAGAAAGAUGCCCGAGGACGUGUGACCAAGGCGAGGCUGGUGCCCGUUCCAGGCGGUUACCCCGCCCUCGAUCACGCUGUUUUCAAGACCUUAUUCCAUAGACCGUACUUCCACGUCCGACUGGUCUCAGACGUCGCGGGUGUAUCUCUCGGCGGUGCGUUGAAGAAUAUCGUUGCGCUGGCCGCUGGCUUCGUCGACGGACGAGGCUGGGGUGAUAAUGCCAAGGCUGCCGUUAUGCGUGUGGGCUUACUGGAGAUGGUCCAGUUUGGCAAGGAAUUCUUUGGACACUCAGUCAAUUCAGGAACCUUCCUCGAAGAGAGUUGUGGCGUUGCGGAUUUGAUCACCAGUUGCAGCGGAGGCCGAAACUUCAAAUGUGCAAAGAUGGCCGUGGAGAGGGGUGUGAGUGUGGAUGAGGUUGAAAAGACCGAACUAAAUGGGCAGAAGCUACAGGGAACUAGCACUGCUAAGGAAGUUAAUUCGUUUUUGAAGUCGAAGGGAAGGGAAGAUGAAUACCCGUUGUUUAAAGCUAUCUAUGAUAUUCUAGAGGGGCGAAAGUCAGUGGAUGAUAUCCCUGAUUUGGUUGCACGCGCAGAUGCGUAUAUAAAUCAAUUGGUCAUGGCUCCUACAUACCAUAUUGAAAACCCCAAUUUGGGCAACUCAGCAGAUACAGAAGACUGGCGAAUUCGAGGUUACAACCCAUUGACGCCGCCGAACCUCCUCCAACAUGAAAUUCCCCAAACCCCGAAAUCCAAAGAAACCGUUCUGAAUGGACGCAACGAAACCGUCGCGAUCGUCAAUGGCAAAGACCCCAAGAACCGGCUACUAGUCAUCAUUGGACCAUGCUCAAUCCACGAUCCCGAGGCCGCUCUCGCAUACUGCGAUAGACUCGUCGCCCUAAAACAAAAAUACGCAGAUGACCUCCUAAUAGUCAUGCGAUCCUACCUCGAGAAGCCGCGCACGACAGUUGGAUGGAAGGGGCUGAUCAACGAUCCUGAUAUCGAUGGUAGUUUCCAGAUUAACAAGGGGCUGAGAUUGAGUAGGCAAUUGUUCGUGGAUCUGACAUCGAAGGGGAUGCCACUUGCGAGCGAGAUGUUGGAUACGAUUUCCCCGCAGUUUUUGGCCGACGUGCUAAGUGUGGGUGCAGUGGGUGCUAGAACCACGGAGUCUCAAUUGCAUAGGGAGUUAGCCAGCGGGCUGAGUUUCCCGGUGGGCUUCAAAAAUGGUACAGAUGGUACCCUUGGGGUGGCUAUUGAUGCCAUUGGAGCUGUGAAACAUCCUCAUCAUUUCUUGUCUGUCACAAAACCAGGCGUGGUCGCUAUUGUAGGAACUGUGGGUAAUGAGGACUGCUUUGUCAUUCUGAGGGGUGGCACAAAGGGCACAAACUACGAUGCCGAGAGUAUCAAGGAGGCCAAGGCUGCGUUGGCGAAGAGUGGUGUUAAUGGUCGGCUCAUGGUUGAUUGCAGUCAUGGUAAUUCGUUGAAGAACCAUAAGAAUCAACCCAAGGUUGCGGCGACGUUGGCUGAGCAGAUUUCCAAGGGCGAGGAAGCUAUUAUGGGCGUUAUGAUUGAGAGUAAUAUAAACGAGGGUGCCCAGAAGGUUCCUCCGGAGGGUAAGGCUGGUCUGAAAUAUGGCGUCAGUAUCACGGAUGCUUGCAUUGGGUGGGAGGACACGGAAUCUGUGUUGGAGGGGCUUGCCAAAGCUAUCCAGCAGCGUAGGGAAGUGUUGAAGAGUACUAAUAGUCAGUCUUGA